CUCUCUCUCCUCAAAACGUUAAAGAACCUAUCGCAAUAUUCUAAAAACACACUAAUGGCAAAUAUGUAAAUAGAGCCCGUCAACAAGGUCAUUUUUUAUGAAAAAAAUAGAAGCAAAUUCAUAUUUCACAAGCAAACAAACACUAUCAAAGAGAUUAGUUGUGGACGAUAGAAAGAAGAUAGAUUCAUUUCAUUCACUUGAGAGCUUCGCCUGCAACAUACAUGGCGACAGCUUCAUCUAGGGUUUUUCUACUCUCUCGAUUCACCGACCUACCACCGUUAUACCACCACCAACCGCCGCCGUACUCUCACCACCUCCUCAGCCGCCCGCUGCCGCCGUCAUCCUUCUCCGCCAUCACCAAAAAACGUCACGGUUCCGUCGCCGUCGUCAGCUGCAUCUUCUCCGGCGUCGACGGCGGCGGAGUCUCCGACGACUUUGUGUCCACUCGACGCUCCGUUUCGUUCGACCGUGAAUUCUCCGUCAUCGCGAAUAUGUUGAAGAAGAUCGAGCCGUUGGAUACUUCCGUGAUUUCGAAAGGUGUUUCGGAUUCAGCCAAGGAUUCGAUGAAGCAGACUAUUUCGACGAUGUUAGGUUUGCUUCCGUCGGAUCAGUUUUCGGUUAUGGUUAGAGUUUCGAAAGGUCCUCUGGAUAGAUUGCUGUUCUCUUCGUUAAUCACAGGGUAUACUCUAUGGAAUGCGGAGUAUAGAAUCAUGUUAAUGAGGAACUUUGAAAUUUCUCCUUCUAAUGAUUCGAAAAGGCUAAAUCCUGGUGAGGAUAACGAACCUUCAGAGGAGAAGGUUGAGAAAAGUGAAUGUUCGUGCGAUAGUGUCAUGAUGGAGUGUUGUACAGAAGAAUCAGAGAGAUUAUCUCUUCAAAGUUGUUUGAGUGAUUUGGAUCCUGAAGCUCUGAAUUACAUCCAACAAUUGGAAUCAGAGUUAUCUAUUGCGAAGAAGGAACUGCAUGCUAGGAAGCAGGAAAAUAUGCAAAUAGAAGAUGCAAGAGAAAGUGACAACGAUCUUUUGAAAUAUUUGCGGUCAUUAGAUCCUGACAUGGUGAAUGAACUAUCCAGACCAUCUUCUUCAGAGGUUGAGGAAGUUAUACGAGAGCUUGUACAGUGUACAUCUAGAAGAUUCUUCAAGGAAGAGACUAUCUCUGAUUCAACCGGAGAUCCAGACAUAGGAAGCCAAGAAAUCUUCCCAAAUGAUAAUGACGACUUCUGUGACACCAUAGGGACUUCACGAGAUUACCUAGCAAAGCUGCUUUUCUGGUGUAUGCUAUUGGGUCAUCACUUGAGGGGCUUGGAGAACAGGUUGCAUCUAAGUUGUGCAGUGGGGUUGUUGUGAUAAAGCCAAAAAAAAGGUAGAAAGAUGUAUAUGAUUUUCUGUUUCACGAUUUUCUAUUUAUUGUUGGUACUUUAUUCGUAUUACAAGCAAGUCAUGAUUUCAAUGCCAUGUUCUUGGUUGUAUUAAAGCAUAUAAAUCGGUGUCAUCAUGUCAAAAUCUAGUGGUUGCAACAAUAGUUCCGACACCCUCCCCUCCUCCCUUUCGAGUUUCGACAAUUAGGUGUUGGAUAGUUAUUUUGGAGCCUAGGUGGUGUAUUAUUAUGCUUUCUAACACUAGGAAAACUCUGGUGGAAGAAACUUUUUUUUCUCAUAGUACAUGCAUUUUUUUUAUCCAUGUGACCCAGAGGUCACGUGUCCAAGUUGUGGAAACAAUCUCUAGAAGAAAGGUGGGGCGAAGUUAGCCCGACGCUUCCAUGACUCAACUUUGUGCACCGAGUUUCCUCUUUAAAUCUUGUAACUUAGAUGUGGCCCCGAUUUUGCUCUUUAUAUCUUGUAACUUAGAUGUGCCAACUAAAGGGCUUGAUGAGUAUUAUAGCAUUCACUUGUUUGAUUUCUAGCUUGGUUUUGAAAAUUGCUAGGCGCGCCAAGGUUCAAGGUGUCUUAGGAUUUUACAUUUGAAUUUGUUAGGUCUGUGUCAUCAUACACUUAAUAUUUAGAUAGUAACCUUUUAUAUAUGAUUUAAUAUGUAGGGGAAGGUUAAGAUAGAAGACCACUUUAUCGUGUGAAGCGUACGCAAGCAUCUCAACCGCACAUCUGACCUACCCUAGGCUUUCAAUUGAACGCGGUGGCACAAUAGUAAUUAACUUGACAUAAUUACGCACGGGUUGGGUUAAACCCUAAUUACGCACAUUAUUUGCAUAAUUACGCAUGUUAUUGCAUAGUUUCGCAUGUUAUAAAAAAUCAAAACCCGCAUGCCACCAAACAUGAAAAUUACGCAUGUUAAACUAAAAUUAUGCAUGUGUUGUUUCAACCCUAAUUACGCAUGUUGUAUCCAUAAUUAUUCACGUUAUCGGCUGGUCGUGUACGGUCGCAUACAUUAAGGGACUUUUGUAUUUUAAA